AUGGGUGCUAAAUGCUCGAAGGAGGAGGUUAAUUCAAAACUGUUUUACGAUUGUAUAACUGAGAAAACUCAAAAUUAUCCACAAUGUCUCAAACCUCCACUGGUACCAGAGUUGGAUACUGAUCUCCUAAGGUUUCAAGGCACAACUAUUGAAUGGAUGCUUUCGAGAGAGAAUGUCAUAUUCAAUAACUCUACAAAAUCUGUCAGUGAUAUUCCAUUUUGGACAGAGAAAUGCGCAUUUCUAGACGAUAAGUUCAUUCUGGAAAAAUUGGAUAAGUUGUCUUUCGGAUUCUCUCUUGUUCAAACACCUUUGCAAACCGAAAAGAUUUGGUAUAACAAGUACUCUUCAAAUAUAUGUUCAAAGGAAUCUGCUUUAAGAUACCUUUCAGAGGAACAAACUCCAAAAGGUCGGGGUCUACUCGCCGAGGAAAUGGGAUUGGGGAAAACAGUGGAAAUUAUUGCAUUGAUACUGCUCAAUCAAAGACCCCAUAACCAACUCCUAGAGACUGUUCAUGACGAUGCUCGAGAUAGAGAUAUUCGAAAGGCAAAGACAACAUUAAUUGUUUGUCCAGAGUCUAUCUUGUCCCAGUGGUCUGAUGAAAUUGCAAUUCAUGCCCCAAGUAUUUCAGUGAUGAUUUACCAGGGAUCAGUGCAACAUAGAAAGAAAUCCCCAUCAGAGGUUGCAACGGAGAUGGCACAACAUGAUGUGGUUUUAACAACUUACACUGUUAUGUCUCGAGAAGUACACAGUGCUCUGUACAAUCCAUCAAGAUCUAAAAGGGUUCGAAGAGCAGUGACAACGAAACGUGAUUUACGGAAAGACAUUCAUGAUCCAGGAAUAUAUGAUCAAGCUGCAUUGGAUGCACUGGAAGAGAUCUAUGAAGACAUGAAUCUUUUGAACGAUACUUUGGAUAAUCGCCCUGACUACACCUCACCUUUAGUACUAUUGGAAUUUUGGAGAAUGGUACUAGACGAAGCUCAGAUGACGCGUAUACUCCUUAGUGUGCCAUUCGGUCCAAUUGAACAGGACAACUAUGAUUCAAUGUACAAACAGCUGUUGACAGAUGUUGGCUUGGAUGAAAUGGGUAACCCAGUGAUUGAUGGAUGGGAACCAACACCUGCUUAUUAUGAAACGAUGAGAUCUUGGUUAACUACAUUGAGACGUCUUUGUUGUCAUCCAAGUUUUGGUCGUGAAUCAGGAUCAAUUGGCACAAGAAAUUUCCAGACAAUGGACAGGGUUCUUGAUAAAAUGAUUGAAGAAGCACACGAGAAGUUUAGAGAAAUAGAUCGACGCUCUAUUACUGCUAAACUCGAGAUUGGUCAGAUUUAUGAAUUUGUGAGGAGACCAAGAGAUGCUUUAGUUGUUUGGACGGAAUCAUGUAAGGAAAUUGAGAGCAAAUUGCAAAAGGCUGAAAGUUCUAGAAAUGACUUGAGUGUUCAAUAUUUAAGAGGACUGCUUGAACUUUUGCACAGGGCAUAUUUUUUCAUUGCUUCAGCACAUUAUCAAAUAUAUACUCCUCCAUUAACAACACUUGUGCCUAAUAUAGUUGAGGCGUUGGCUGAAGAGGAAGGCAUAGAUCCACAUCUCAUUACAUUUGAUCACAUCAACUCAGCAGACAUUACCGUUUGGAGAGUAUUGACAGAAGAUGAAUCAAAACACCAAGAACUUGAGAGGCAGUUCUACUCCAUGGCUCAAAAUCUAAGAAAGAGAAUCCUAGCAGAGCCUAUGGAGCAAGUACGACAGGGUAUUGAAAACUUGCCGCAUGAUGUGCAAGCUCCAAUGUUUACAAUUUCUCAUCGUGUGUUCAAGGAUCUUGAGGUACAGGUUUUCACUUUAGAGCUGAAAAAUGUGAUUUUAAGUUUGAAUGAGCAGAACGUUGUACUAAAUAGGUGGUUAUCCCAAGUUACUGAUAUUUUGAGAACACCGCUUCUCGAUUCUAUUUCUGAUCCAAGUGGUGAAGAAUACGCAGCUUCUUUGAAUGACCAGGAAUAUGUUUCGAUACUACUCACAUACAUCCAGAAAGUUAUCAAGAAUAGAGAACAAUUGGUAACUGGCAAAACUUCUGGUGAAAUAUAUCAGCAAAUCAAUGUUGGUAAUUCAUCCGGUGAUUCUUUUGCUGAAGAAAUUGAUAAGGAAUACCCUAAAGUGUUUGCUAAAGAAUCACUUCGAGGAUUACUUGUGAGAUCAAGAUCACUGGUGGCAAAGGACAAUCCGACUGAGGAGAUUCGUCCGUUUACAGAUGUGGUGAUUAAAUUGAAAAAUGCAUUUGAAGAGCAAAAAGAUUUCUGUGACGCAAUCUCGAAACAUUUCAGAGUGUUAAAUGAUCUUUAUAACAUUAAGAUCAACUAUUUCAGAAGACUUCAAGAACUUUCUGACAGUGUGCGGCCAUUUGAUCAAAAGAGGCAUUAUCAUUAUGAUCCUGAUGUGAAAAUUGAGGAACUUUAUAACGUUAUUGACACGACAGUAAACGAGUCCAAAACUGUGGAAUCCAGGAUACGUUAUCUGAAUUCUUUAAAGCAGGAUGCUACUGUGGAUGAUAGCUCUAAGAUGUGUGUUAUUUGCAGAAGUGCCAUCAAUAUUGGUUCUUUGACCGCAUGUGGCCAUCAGUACUGUAAAGAUUGUUUGAGUGAAUGGUUACGUAAGAAGUCGGUUUGUCCUGUAUGCAAAGUCAAGAUCAAACAGAGUGACGUUUAUACUUUCACCUUCAACAAGCCUGAGGUCAAUGUUAAGCUUGCCACAUCCCAGCCGUCUGGUGAAAUGUUCCAAAUAUAUCACCAAUUGGACCAUGAAAGUUUACAGAAACUGAAUGAGAUCAAGCUGAAGUACAAUCAUGGAUCCAAAGUUAAUAUCAUUGUGAGACAGGUUUUGUGGUUGAAAAGACGCGAUCCAAAGGUUCAAAUUGUCAUUUAUUCGCAGUGGACCCAGCUGCUAUCCAUCAUUGGUAACUCUUUGAGAUUCAAUGGUGUCGAAUUCUUGAGUUCUUUUAACGCACUUGAUAGGCACGGGUCUGGUGGUAAGACACCAUUCAGAAAAGAUGUUGCCUUAUUCAAGAAGGAUCCCAACAUUACAUGUUUCCUCCUCAAUUCUAAUGCUGAUGCAUCUGGAUUGAACCUUGUGAAUGCCACGCAUGUUUUCUUGUGUGAGCCUCUUGUACAGACUGCGCUGGAGCUACAGGCUAUUAGCAGAGUUCACAGAAUCGGACAAACUAAGCCAACAACUGUGUGGAUGUUCACCAUUUCUGGUACCGUGGAGGAAAGUAUUGUACUCCUUUCCACCAGAAAAAGAUUGGAAUUCAAAGAACAGUUCGAGGAAGAGGAGAUGGCAAAGAAUGUAAGUUCACUUGUAAGAACGAACGGCGAGUUUGUUGAAGCUUCUGAUUUGUGGAAUUCCUUUUUCAGUCAUAAAGUGGGUAGGUUGAUAUGAUACGUAACUCAAUACCAUGGACAGUAAAAGUACUUGAGAGUUUGUAAUAGCUGAAGUCAUUAUGACCUUAUGAGGUAACAACACUGAUCCUGGUAAUUUACUCUCUUUUAUUUUACCAAGUGCAUAAUUUUUCGCCGUUCAACUGUACCGUAACUACUGUACAUUGUAAUGAUUUAAUACCAUUUAAU